AUGAACGCACCAACCAGUCAGCAGACAGUAACCCCGUGGGAAGUACGGGCGGGCGACAGCACCGAUGGAAUAGACUACAGCAAGAUAAUAAACCAAUUUGGGUGCGAGCCAUUCACUCAGGAGAUGUCGAGCAAGAACGAGCUGACGCACAUCCUAUUCCGAAGAGGCAUCGUGUUUGCGCACAGGGACUUCAAUAAGGCCUUGGAGAUGGCCAAAAGCGGCAAGCCCAUAUAUUUAUACACGGGCCGAGGCCCCAGCAGCAACAGCAUGCACUUAGGACACGCGGUUCCAUUUCUGCUGUGCAAGUAUCUGCAGGAGAGGUUCAACUGCCAGCUGGUGAUACAAAUAACAGACGACGAAAAGUACAUUUGGAAAGACAUAACGCUAGAAGACUCUAUAAAGUACGGAAGAGAGAACUCCAAAGACAUAAUUGCGUUUGGGUUUAACCCAGAAAAAACGUUCAUUUUCUCAAACACUCUGUACUCGCACACAUUCAUGAGAAACACCUUGAAAAUAGAAAAAAGCCUGACGCUUAAGGAGUUCCAGAAAGUGUUUGGAUUCACAGAGGACGCAAAGGUGGGGCAGGUUUCCUUCCCCGCGCGCCAGAUGUCGCCGUGCUACCCUAGCUCGUUUCCGAACAUACUCCCAGAGGGCGGAAUCUGCCUAAUCCCGUGCUCUAUUGACCAGGACCCGUACUUCAGGCUUGCGAGAGACAUUGCGAACAAAAUGCAUGCCAUAAAGCCGGCGACUGUGUACACGUACUUCCUGCCAGCACUGCAGGGCGCGGGCACCAAAAUGAGCGCAAGCUCGGCAGAGUCUUCCAUAUACCUGAGCGACACCCCCGAGCAGAUCAAGAAGAAAAUCAACAAAUACGCGUUUUCCGGGGGAAGAGACACUUUGGAGGAGCAUAGAAGGCUGGGCGGAAACUUGGCAGUCGAUGUUGCAUACAAGUACUUGGUGUUUUUCCUGGAGGACGACGCUCUGCUGGAAAAGUACAGAGUGGGGUACGAGAAGGGAGAAAUACUCAGCGGAGAAAUGAAGAAGUUGUGCAUUGAAACCCUGCAGAAGUUUGUGGGUGAGUUCCAAGAAAGAAGAAAGAGCGUGACAGAGGAGGACCUGGAUAGAUUCUACACGCAUAAUUAA